AUGUGGACCGGAUAUAAGAUCUUGAUCUUCUCUUAUUUAACUACAGAAAUUUGGAUGGAGGAGCAGUAUUUAUCUCAAAGAAAAGUUGACUUAGAAGCUUAUUUUGCUAGAAACCACACCAUGUUAGAAGGUAGUCGACUCAAAAGAGCCAUUUUCCAAGGGCAAUACUGUAGAAAUUUUGGCUGUUGUGAAGACAGAGAUGAUGGCUGUGUCACUCAGUUCUAUGAGGUGAAUGCAUUGUGUUACUGUGAUAAAUUCUGUGAAAGGGAAAAUUCUGAUUGCUGUCCUGAUUACAAAUCCUUUUGCCGUGAAGAGAAAGAAUGGCCUCCUCACACACUGUCGUGGUACCCAGAAGAGCUUCAGCCAAGCACGUGCUCCGGGCAGCAGUGGAAAUGUUCCCAGCACGUAUGCCUUGUUCGUCCAGAAUUAAUUGAAAAUGUCAAUAAAGGAGACUAUGGAUGGAUAGCACAGAACUAUAGCCAGUUCUGGGGAAUGACUUUGGAAGAUGGUUUCAAAUUUCGCCUCGGUACUUUGCCACCCAGCCCUUUGCUUCUGAGCAUGAAUGAAAUGACAGCUUCUUUACCUAAAACAACUGAUCUUCCAGAAUUUUUUGUUGCUUCUUAUAAGUGGCCUGGAUGGACUCAUGGUCCGCUGGAUCAAAAAAAUUGUGCUGCAUCCUGGGCAUUUUCCACUGCAAGUGUGGCAGCUGACCGAAUAGCAAUUCAGUCUAAGGGUCGAUACACAGCUAAUCUGUCCCCUCAGAAUUUGAUCUCUUGCUGUGCCAAGAAUCGUCACGGAUGCAACAGUGGAAGCAUCGAUAGGGCUUGGUGGUACCUGAGAAAACGUGGACUGGUAUCCCAUGCAUGCUACCCACUUUUCAAGGACCAACAUGCUACCAAUAGUGGCUGUGCCAUGGCGAGUAGGUCUGAUGGGCGGGGAAAACGGCAUGCCACAAAGCCAUGUCCCAAUAACAUAGAGAAAUCCAACAGGAUCUACCAGUGUUCACCUCCAUACAGAAUCUCUUCCAAUGAAACUGAGAUAAUGAAAGAAAUCAUGCAAAAUGGGCCGGUUCAAGCUAUAAUGCAAGUCCAUGAGGAUUUCUUCCAUUAUAAGUCAGGGAUAUAUAGACAUGUUGCCAGCACACAUGGAGAAUCAGAAAACUAUCGAAAGCUUCGGACACAUGCAGUCAAACUCCUUGGAUGGGGCACACUGAGAGGAGCACAAGGGCGGAAAGAAAAAUUCUGGAUCGCUGCCAACUCCUGGGGAAAGUCAUGGGGAGAAAAUGGCUAUUUCAGGAUUCUUCGGGGAGUAAAUGAGUCUGACAUUGAAAAGCUGAUUAUCGCAGCUUGGGGCCAACUGACAAGUUCAGAUGAACCAUAA